AUGUCUACCUUUACCAAAAUUACUACAACAAUUUUAACAAUGGAUAAUACUGACUUUAAAAUCUCUAUCUAUGUUAGCGACUAUAUGGGACCUAACGCUGUUCUCCUCGGCCAGCCUUUUCUUCUACCAAACAACAUUGGGGUUAUCAACAACAUAUAUCCACACCUUGGUAUUUUUAACAUUGAUAUCCACUACACUCCACCAUUUACAAACGACCGCAAAAAGUUCACAGUACCACUUCAUAGUACCGCACUUGCUGACACUGCUCCAAGUUAUGUGACUACUAUUACUACCGGUCCUCCUUCUUUGUCUCCUCCCAGCUUCACUGAACCGGAAAUCUGUUCCCAACAGUUCUCUAUCCAUUCCACAGCUACCGCCCAAGCACACGCUCAACUAUCCAAUCACUGUGCCAAAAUCAAAGCUAAUUUUGACCGUCGCAGCCACGUCUCCGUUCCCCACUUUAAAAUUGGUGAUAUUGUCCUCGUCGGAGCUCAACUUCGUCGCUCCAACCACAAUAGUGCUAGAAAAUCAACCCCCUCUUGGGCUGGACCUUAUAUCAUCUCCAAAGUCCUCAAACACGUCUACCACUUCACAGAACUUGAUGGCACCCCCCUUCGUCACCACUUUCCAGCUUCGUUCCUCAAAUUAUUUCAUUCCCGUCCUGGAUUCUCCCCCAUUCUUCAUUUUCCUGGAGGGGAGGACUCUGUUGGUACUGAUCGAAUUCCCGCUAUUUCGACCCGGUCCAAAUCAAAUCAUUUGAGAAGUCAUUGA